AUGAUGCGCCGCAAAAAUUCGUCGUCAAGCUUCGGAGAGCUGAACGUCGAUCAGCUCAUCGCCACGUUGACGUCGGUGAAGCCGUGGCACAAGACGCUCGACGUCACCGAGAACGAGAUCCGAAUGGUGUGCGUGCUCGCGCGACAGAUCUUCAUGCACCAGCCGAUGCUGUUGGAGCUCGAGCCUCCGCUCAAGAUUGGAGGUUAGAUUUGGGAUUUGGAUUCGUAAGAUUGUACAUUGAGCGUCACUUUGGACUUUUCUAUUGAAAAUUCACAGCUACAUUCUAUCAUCUAGCCCAGAGAAUUGAAGCCUGAAACUUUGAAGAUGCUCAAGUCCGGAACACUUUGAAAAUCUCAUAAUCGAUUCGAGAAUCACUAAUUUCAGGGGACAUUCACGGUCAGUUCUCCGAUCUUCUGCGCCUUUUCAACCUGGCCGGCUUCCCGCCAGAGUCCAACUAUCUGUUUCUCGGCGACUACGUCGAUCGGGGACCGAAAAGCAUCGAGGUGAGUGUGUGUAAGAAUGUUCUAAAAAUGUCCCGUCAAUGACCAUGAAUCAUAUUCGCUCUUCAAGUUAGACGGUCACUCCCGUGUACGUGGUGUGGUGACUGACGUUUUUCUCAACGCGAUUAACACUAGAAACAGGCGCCCGCCACCGUCCAUUUUCCCCAAUUUUUCGCGCACCGACAAUUCAUUCACACAAAGUGACCCUUUUUGAGCGAGCGAAAACGAAAACGAAAAAAAUCCGAUAAUUACCUUUUCGUUCUUUGCCCAAUGGAAUGGCGGGGCGAAAACAAGAGGGUUGCCAGACGGAAGACGAACAGAAUUUCAGACGAUCGUCCUGUUGCUGUGCUAUAAAAUCAAGUAUCCGAACAACUUUUUCCUGUUGCGCGGCAAUCACGAGGUGGCCAACCUCAAUAGGAUUUAUGGAUUUUAUGACGAAUGUAAGUGGCUGGAACGGAAAUGCAAAUGCGAUUCAAUAUGGUUAUGGGACAAAACGGGAUGAGAAAGGAUGAUGGGAUGCGAAAGCUUUAGAUGAUCAGGAUUAGGAGAAGAGUGAUCGGCAUGGGUGAAUCUGAGAUUCUGUAAUAGAAAGGCACCCCAAUACCUUAUCUGCCGGUAGAGAUAUCAGAAAAGUGUCAACUGAUAUUUUGCUUAUCAAAAAGUUGUGUACAUUUUAUCAGUUGACCGCUUUUUGAUAACUCUACUCCUAAGGGUACUGUAGCUCAUGAAAGUGGCGGCUCUCAAAAGCAACUUCUACAAACUACAGUAGUCUCAAAAUCGGUUGCACAAAAAACUUGUCAACUGAUGAAAUGCAGUUCUAGGUGUAAAGAUUUUAUGCAAACCUUUUCGAGAGCUAUAUAAUGGCUGACACAUCUAUGUACACUCAAAUUCGACCAAUUCUUUCAGGCAAACGCCGUUACAGUGUGAAGCUGUGGAAGUGCUUCCAGGAUGUGUUCAACUGCAUGCCGGUCGCCGCGCUCAUCGACAACAAGAUCUUCUGCUGCCACGGCGGUCUCUCGCCGAACCUCCGCUCGCUCGAUCAGCUCAAACGUCUCUCCCGCCCGUGCGACGUCCAAGAGACAGGCCUUCUGUGCGACGUGCUUUGGUCUGACCCGGACGCGACGGUGGUCGGAUGGGCGCCGAACGAGCGAGGAGUCAGCUACGUGUUCGGAGUGGACGUGCUCGCGCAAUUCCUCCAGAAGAUGGACUUGGACAUUGUGGUGCGUGGGCAUCAAGUCGUCGAGGACGGCUACGAAUUCUUCGGAAGACGUGGCCUCGUCACUGUGUUCUCGGCGCCCAACUACUGCGGAGAGUUCGACAAUGCGGGCGCAGUGAUGAACGUCGACGAGAAUCUCUUGUGCUCUUUCCAGGUUACUUUUCGGGUUCACUUCUUCCAAACUAUGUGUUCUUUUCAGAUUCUGAAGCCACAGUCUCAGUUGGUGAUGGACGCUGCGAUGGCCGAGAAACAAAACAAUUUUGUUGCGAACCUGGCAGGAAUGGCCAACAUCAAGAUAGAGCAGAAGCCACAGCCGAUGAUUCAGAAGCGCUUCCGUCGGGGAAUGCUCUAG